CGCAUCUGUCACACUCCCGAUUCUCAGUGAGCGGAAGCUUUUCUGGUAGCGCACCUCUUUAUCAAAAUCAGCCAUGGAAAAUAUUUAUCUAAUCGUGAUUGCCUUACUGGCACUACUCUGCGAAAUCACGAGACGAGCAUUUCCUCAGCCGUACCCAAAGAUCCCUUAUCACAAAGUGUCCUCGAAGCGGAUCUGGGGAGAUGUUCCAGCGAUGAUGAAAGCCAUAAAGAUAAGCGAAGACCCCUCGAGAUUUGUCUUUCAGCAAUGCAGAACGCUAGGCUCUCCUGUGGUUCAACUCUUCUUCGGCCCCUUUACAAAGCCUGCCAUUUUUGUCGACGAUGUGAGAGAGGUCAAGGACAUUCUGAGUUUUCGUACUAGAGAAUUUGACCGCUCGUACAAGAGCCAGGAUACGCUUCGUCCCAUGCUUCGACAUUCAAGCUUGGUCAAGGCCACGGGCCCUGAGUUCAAGGCUCAGAGGAAGCUGUGGGAAGGAUUCAUGGGCAUGAGCUUCAUACGGCGGGUCGCAGCUCCCGAGAUGCACCGUGUGGCUCUGGAGCUAAUUGAGCUGCUUCGAACCAAGGCCAAAAUAGCUGGCGGACGCCCGGUUUACUUCUUCACCGACUUGGAUUUGGCGGCUUUCGAUAUCAUAUGGAAGGUAGUAUUUGGGAACGAUUUGAACGGAGUGAGGGGUGAGCACGAGGGAAUUCUGAAAGGAUCCGGACAAAUCAAGCAGCCUAUGUCCAUGGACUCUGUUGCUGAGAUGCCCAUGGUUCCAAAGCCCGAGAUGUACACCACUGUUUGCUUCGUCAUCAAAGGCAUCGAACAGACUUUCACGACAUACUUCCAAAGGUUUAACCACUGGCUCGUCCGACAUGGAUCUGCAUAUAAGCGGAAAUGGGAUUCAAAGCAGCGCAUUGUGGAUGAGAGGAUCAACGGCGAGCAUGCACGACUGUCAAAACUUUCCAGGUCUGCGUUGCUGGACACCGAGGAAACUAGUGGUGUGGUUCUGGGCGUACGUCGAUAUCUUCUGGCUCAGGAAGGAGACUUAGGAGCCUCGAAGAACAUACCGUCGACGACUCAACAGGAGAUCCAUAACGAGCUCAUGAUGCUCCUGAUGGCGGGACACGAAACCAACGCCAGCGCACUGUCCUGGGCGAUCAAGUACCUAGCAGCCCAUCCCUCGAAGCAAGCUCGCUUGCACGACUCCCUUCUGGAAGGCUUCUCUGAACGAGUCCAUGGCGCGCAGCCUACAGUGGACGCCAUCCUCUCACGCUCAAUCCCCUACCUAGACGCCUGCAUGGAAGAAACACUCCGCCACGCCACCAUCUCCUCCCGCCUCGCGCGCGUAGCCACGAUGAACACUGAACUCUUCGGUUAUCGAAUUCCUGGAGGGGCCUCGGUCAUGCUGAGUCCUUAUGUCGGCGCCGCGCCCUUCAAUGUCCCGGAAGCGCACCGGAGCUUGUCAUCCCAGAGAACCAAAGACAAUUAUCCACUGCUCCAUGAGUCCUCCGACAUGGACGUCUGGGAGCUGGAGCGCUGGCUUGCAGAUGACGGGAGCUUCGAUGGGCGGAGAUACCCGCGUCUUGCAUUUUCCGCGGGGCCGCGAGCUUGUUACGGUAAGAUCUUGGCUAUGCAGGAGUUUCGAAUUAUUUUGGCCUUGCUGGUGCUGAACUUUGAGUUCGCGGCGGCGCCGGGCGAGUUGGCCAGUUUGGCGGCGCACCAGCGCAUUCUGAAGGUGCCGAGACAUUGCCAUGUUAGGUUGAUUACCAGAUCAUAGUAGCAUAAUGUCGAGAAGGUAUGCUAAAGUUUAGUUGGACGGCGGCACGCACAAGUUCUGAUACGUAGCGGAGGCACUUGUGCAGCUUGUACAUCUG